CCCUAAUUCUUGGAAGGCACAGGAGAGGGCGGAAAGAGUGUGGUGUUCGGACGGCGAAAGAUGGGAGGCGAAGGAAGGGCGGCGAUGAAGAAGAAGAAGAAGAACACAAAAUCUGGGGGCUUCGAGUCACUGGGUCUGAGUCCGAAUGCGUUCAAGGGAAUCAAGCGCAAAGGGUACAAAGUUCCCACUCCCAUUCAGCGCAAGACCAUGCCCCUCAUCCUCUCUGGCUCGGACGUCGUUGCCAUGGCUCGCACCGGCUCCGGCAAAACGGCUGCGUUUCUCGUCCCCAUGAUUCAGCGCCUCAACCAGCACAUCCCUCAGUCUGGAGUCAGAGCCCUGAUUCUGUCUCCCACUAGGGACCUCGCCCUUCAGACUCUCAAGUUCACCAAAGAGCUUGCCCACUUCACAGACCUUCGUAUCAGUUUGUUGGUUGGCGGCGAUAGCAUGGAGAGUCAGUUUGAGGAAUUGGCUCAGAGUCCUGACAUUAUAAUUGCCACUCCUGGCAGGCUCAUGCAUCAUUUGUCGGAAGUUGAUGACAUGUCCUUGCGCAGCGUCGAGUACGUUGUUUUCGAUGAGGCCGAUUGUUUGUUUGGCAUGGGUUUUGCCGAGCAGUUGCAUAAGAUUCUUGCUCAGCUCGGGGAGAAUCGCCAGACCUUGCUUUUCAGUGCCACAUUACCCAGUGCUCUUGCUGAAUUUGCAAAGGCUGGUCUGAGAGACCCUCAGCUUGUUCGCCUCGACCUGGAGACUAAGAUCAGCCCUGACUUGAAGCUCGCCUUCUUCACCUUGAGGCAGGAGGAGAAGUACCCUGCCCUGCUUUACUUGAUCAGGGAACAUAUUGGUUCUGAUGAGCAGACAUUGAUUUUUGUGUCCACCAAACAUCAUGUAGAGUUUCUCAAUGUCUUGUUUCGCCAAGAGGGUAUUGAGCCGUCUGUGUGUUAUGGCGACAUGGAUCAGGAUGCUCGAAAAAUCCAUGUAUCCAGGUUUAGGUCUAGGAAGACCAUGUUGUUGAUUGUCACCGACGUUGCGGCUCGUGGCAUCGACAUUCCAUUGCUUGAUAAUGUUAUCAAUUGGGACUUCCCCCCCAAGCCUAAAAUAUUUGUCCAUCGAGUUGGAAGGGCUGCAAGGGCUGGUCGGACUGGUACUGCAUAUUCUUUUGUGACUCCUGAGGAUAUGGCCUACCUCUUGGAUCUUCAUUUGUUUCUUUCAAAACCCAUCAAACCUGCUCCCACUGAAGAAGAGCUCUUGCAGGAUAUGGAUGGUGUAAUGUCUAGAUGUGAUCAGGCAAUGGCAAAUAGAGAAACCAUUUAUGGUCGUUUCCCACAAAAAGUCAUUGACCUUUUUUCAGACAGAGUCAGGGAAGUUAUGGAUACUUCUGCAGAACUGGAAUUGUUGCAGAGGACCUGUAAAAAUGCAUUUCGUUUAUAUUCAAAAACAAAACCCUUACCUGCCAAGGAGUCCAUCAGAAGAGUAAAGGAUUUGCCUCGUGAAGGGCUGCAUCCAAUGUUCAUGAAGGUGUUGGAAACGGGAGAGUUAACAGCACUUGCAUUUUCUGAGCAUUUGAAGAAGUUUAGGCCAAAACAAACCAUUUUGGAAGCCGAAGGAGAAGCAGCUAAAUCAAAGCAUCAACAGGGCCCUUCCGGGCAAUGGGGCGAUGUGAUGAAAAGGAAAAGAGCCAUUCAUGAGAAUAUUAUAAAUUUGGUCCACGAACAACAGCAAUCUAAGGAUAAUAUGGAAAAGGAGGAAAUCGAAUCAGAACUCAAUCCUUCCAUGGAGAAAGGAAGAAAAGCAGCACGUGGUUCUAAGAGAAAGACCCAAAGUUUCAAGGAUGAAGAUCACUAUAUAAGUUCAAUACCAAAAAAUCAACAUAUGGAGGCUGGCCUUUCAGUAAAAGCCAAUGAAGACUUUGCUUCAAAUAGAUUGGACUCCGCUGUCCUUGAUCUAGUGGCAGAUGAUGGUGCUGGUAUUCACAAACAAAGAUCUAUGUAUCACUGGGAUAAGAGGAGUAAAAAGUACAUCAAGUUAAACAAUGGUGAUCGUGUUGCUGCAAACGGAAAGAUAAAGACAGAGAGUGGUGCAAAAACGAAGGCCACCAAGACUGGUUUGUAUAAGAAGUGGAAAGAACGUUCACAUGGUAAGAUAUCACUUAGAGGGACAAACGACGGUGAUCCUCAGGAAUCAACAAGUUUGGCAGGAUCUUACCAAAGAGGUCGUAGGAAUUUUAGAGGCAGCAAGAAGCAGCAUUCAAUGCCCAAUGCUCAUGUGCGUUCAGAAAUCAAAGAUAUGGAUCAAAUUCGAAAGGAAAGGCAGCAAAAGGCCAACAGGACUUCUUAUAUCAAAAGCAAGUCGACGAAGGGUAAAAAGUUUGGUAAAAAUGGUAAAAGUGGUAAAAGAAGAAAAGCCAAAUAGAGUGUCUGAAGCUCUACAAAUUUAUUUAGUAAAGGAAAAGUGGUGUCCCGUUAAAGAAAUUUUAUAUUUUGGAGGGGUUUCUUGUUGUAUUCUUUUCUUGGUUCGCCAACAAAUUUUGUUUGUUCUAAUUCAAAGUUAUGAUUCUUGCA